UGCCCUUGCAUUCCAUUAACGCAAGUUGGAGUCAACCCAGCCAGCCACACGCCAGAGACAUACACCACCUCUCAUCACGUGAACGGCCGUACAUGGGAAACAGAGACUGGGGUGAGUGGGAGCGUUAGUCAGUCAGAGCCACAGGAUGCAAACAAUGACCGGCUAUGUACACUGGAUGGGAUGGAUGGACGGACGGGUAUAUUGACGGAGUCAAAAGUUGGUGGUUGUGUACACCGAUUGGGCGCGACGAGAAUGAGUAGUCGCCAGAAGAGGCGCUCACGCAGCCCUUCUCCCAAAGAGACAGACAGACAGACAGAAAUCCUUGAAUCAAGAGCUUCCUCUUUCUCUCUCUGCAGCCUGUUACAAUGCCGACGCGUCUGCUGAGACAGCCGACUGCACCGAUGGGCCGCCAGGUCAUUUUGCAACUUGACGGCCUGAAAGUGCAGAUGGCCAUCCAAGCAGAUUCACAUCGAAGCACUGAAGACAGGCCUGAGGAUACCAUCGCCAGAUCUGAAGUAAGGACCUUCUCUAACUUUCCCUCGUGUGACGCUCGACCAACCCACCAUCGCUGUGCGCACCCCACAUCGAUUGUUCCCCGGGUGCGGGGCAACAAUCGUUGUUCAGCAGGCGCACGCGACCGCGGCUUGGACAAACACCACGUAGAGGGAAGAACCGACCAGUCAAGACACCACCAUUGGACUAAGUGACAAGAGCACAUGCAUCCCGCCCGCCCGGCCCGUCUGUCACGGGCGACCCCAUCCCACCCUCAUGAAGCCGAGCACCCCUUUGCAAAACAAGAACCACAGUCACACAUUGAAAAUACGGGCAUGCGGCAUCGCAUGCCACACACACACAUACACACAGUUACACACAACACACCAGAUGGAGACACCACACGAGACGAAAAGACGAGAUAAAUGCCCACCCCUCCCCUCCCCCCCUCCCUCCCUCCCGGUUUCACACAUAUGCUUGGCCGUUGGCCUGUUGCUGCUGUUGUGUGCUCGACGUAACCGUCACCACAGUCGCGCCAUCCAAGUCGGGUCCGGGCGUCUCCACACCCUCCUUGCCGUCGGCCUUGGACGCCUCAGCCGCCUCCUUCUCCGUGAUCUCACGCAGAGCCUUGCGGGCAAACCUGACCGAUUGACCAACAGAGGAAAGGACACGUGAGAGAACGGACCUCUUUUCGACGUGGCGCACCCACCAUGUGACGAUGAAUACGGCAAUGAAGGUGGCGACCAGCCCGACGGCCAGGAACACCCACUGAGACCAGUGGCCAGAGCCCUCCGCCUUGCCGCUGCACGCGCCUGCGAAGGCGGGGAUGGCACCGAUGUACACAUAGAGAGCUGUGCCCGGUAUAAUGCCGAGGGUGCCUGGCAGACGUGGGCAGGAAGUAGGAAACAGGAAUGUGUGGAUUCCACGCUUUUUGUUGCCUUCUGCAGAUCCGUGGUGUGCUCACCGAUGGCGUAGUCUCUGUACCGAGUCCGUGUGCCGCCCAUCUGAUGGAUGGUGAGAUACGCACACACGCAUUUAUUGUCGUCACGACAGGGGGAUGCGACACCAUAUACUCACUGACUUACAAUGUAGUUGAACGCCGAGAAUGGCACCACGGGGGACAGCCGCAGCAGGAUAUUGAGCUUCAACCCCUGGUGAAUCGAUCGAUGGACAAACGAAACAGCACCAAGACAGCAUGUGCAAGCGCACGUAUCCCUCCCCCUCCCCCUCCCCCUCUCCCUCUCCUUGCCAAGCACCUGUGUUUCGAAGACCUUGUCGAUGGCCCGCAUGACUUUGAAUUUGUCCGUGAGGCCCUGCACCCAGCUCUUGAAGAGGAAUCGGCCGCAGAAGAAGGCCAGCUGCGCCCCCACAAACGCACCCACAAGCACAGCGCCGAUGCCGGCAGCCAUCCCUGGACCAUUCCCGAACGCACAUACAAAGGUAAAGCCGGCGCCUGCACACAUCCGGUACCCACAUCUUAUGGCGAUUUCAUCUCGUGGUGCAUGCCUUCGAGUGGCUGGCUGGCUGGCUGGCUGGCUGACCGACCUAGUGUGAGUAUGGAUCCGGGAAUGAAAGCCACUGUGCAGACCAUGUAGACGGCCAUGUAGGCCAGUAUGCCCGUUGCAGGAUUGUCCUGAACCUGCCGAAGCAGCCGCAGCCAGCCAACCGACCAGUACACACAGACAGAAUGAACUCGCGAUCCUCGUCUCUCUUGCCUUUCUGCAGCGUGUGUUUCCCUGCCCCCGUCGCUCGAUGACUUACCCAUUCCUUGAAUAUGUCCAGCCCCUCGGCAACUCUCUGGCCUGUCGUCGAGUCGAUGAUAAUGUACACAAUGAUAGCAAUGAUCACCAAAAACACCAGCAGCUUCUUCCAGCUCUGUGCCAACCAUCCGCCCCACGUGCGCCGCGGCUUGACCGGUGCAUCGGCAGACACGGCACCGGGCGAUGGGGUGCCGCCGGGAGCUGCGUCACAGGCUGUGGACAGCUGAGAGUCGUCUUGGUUUGCUGGGAUGGGCUGGCCGGAAGUCAUGACGGAUGAACUGCUGGAGGGCGAUUGAAUGAGGCUGGUCGAUGGGCCGAGCUGUCACGCACGCGAGAUGAGCCGACGUUGAAGGCUUUGCUGUUGCUUGCUGUGGGGAAGAUGCACUUGUUGAGGUGGCAGAUCUGGUGUUGCUGGUGAAGAUCUAACAGCUGGAUCUUCUUGUUGCUUGUGAAGGAGCUAGGAGGGAAGGCCG